UUAUAAAGACGAGGACAAUGCAAUUUGUGCUUCUUGCUCAUCACAAAUGAGUGAAUCUAUCAUGACUAUGGCUUCCUCAACGAAUCACCGUAAAUGGAAGUAUGAUGUUUUCUUGAAUUUUAGAGGUGAGGAUACCCGUAAUAACUUCACAGGUCAUUUACAUAAUUAUUUGCUUCGUUCUGGUAUUAACAUCUUCAGAGAUAAUGAGAAGCUUAAGAAGGGUGAAGAAAUUUCUCCAGCUCUUCUCACAGCAAUCGGAGAAUCCAGAUUCUCACUUGUCAUAUUCUCUAGAAACUAUGUAUCAUCUACAUGGUGCUUGAACGAACUUGUUGAGAUUCUUCAAUCUGUGAAAUCAAAGGGUCACCUUAUGCAUCCCAUUUUUUAUGAUGUUGAUCCGUCGGACCUUCGUUACCAGAAGGGGAAUCUUGAAGCAGAGGUUGACAAACAUGAGAAAAGAUUCCAAUCUAACCUUGAAAUUGUUCAAAAAUGGAGGAAUGCUCUAACUGAAGCAGCCAAUUUGUCUGGAUGGCAUUUAGGAAAUGGGGAUGAUGAACCUGAGUUUAUCCAAAAAAUUGUUAAGGAUAUUUCUGGAAAAAAAAUUGAACAGUACAAAUAUAAGUAUUGCUAAACAUCCGGUUGGAAUAGAUCCUCACUUGCAAAACAUCAACCGUCUUUUGGAUAUUGAUCAUUCAGAGGAAGUUCGCAAGGUUGGGAUUUAUGGAUGUAAAGGAAUCGGAAAGACAACAAUCGCGAAAGCUAUAUAUAACUGGCAUGCUAGUCAAUUUGAUCGUUGUUGCUUUCUAAUGGAUGUUAGAGAUAGGUCUAAAGAUCAGUAUCAAAUUGUCAAACUACAAAAAUUGCUUCUUCAUGAGAUCUUAGGAGAGGAUUUGGAAUUGGGCAAUAUGGAUAGAGGAAGCACUGUAAUUAAGGAAAGGCUUUGCCAUAUAUAGGUACUUAUUGUGAUUGAUGGUGUGGAGGAUACAGAUCCAAACCCUUUAGAAAAAUUGGCAGAAAAACUUGAUUGGUUUGGUCCUGGAAGUAGAAUAAUUAUAACGACGACAGAUAAACAUUUAUUGGAUAAUCAGGACGUUCAAUUAACCUAUGAGAUGAGUACAAUGGAUCGAAUUGAAGCUAUUCAACUCUUUAGUUGGCAUGCUUUUAAAAGAAACAAGCCUAUCCCGGAUUACAUGAAACUUGUAAAUGUUGUAGUACGUUUCACCAAGGGCAUUCCAUUAGCUCUAGUAAAAAUGGGUUCUGAUUUGUGUUCUAGAAGCAUGGAUUAUUGGGAAAGAAAAUUACUUGGAAACGAUCUAAUUGAGCCAAAAGGUGAAAAAAGCACCACAAUUUGGAUUGUGCUAACUAAGUAUGUCGAGACACAUUAUAAUGAUGAAACAAGAGAGAUGCACCCUAAUUUGCAAGAACUUUUCAAAGGAGCUUUGGAAUUCCCUUCUGAUGUGCACCCUAAGUUUGACAUGAAUAUACUAAAGCAAUGCGAUGAUGUAGAUUGGAAAGAUGACGAUUUUGAUUUACAAAAAAUCAAAUCUGAGCAAUUUGAUGAUGAAGCCUCACAUCCAGAUUCUGAUAGAACUCGAGAUGAUGAAAUUGGCAAGCAAGGGGUGAAAGCUCGGCAAGGUCAAAGUGAAAACAUAUAUGCUGGCAAAACUCGAGAUUUUGGAAAGGGAUGUCAAUCGAUGAAUGCUUUCCAAGCUGGAACUGAAAACCCUUAUCAUGGUGAACUUAGUGAUGAUGCUGCUGCUAAGCAAGGUGGAUUUGAUAACACACAUUAUGGUGAACGUGGAGAUGAUGACACUGCUUGGAAAGGAGGAAACGGUAACACAUACGAUAGUAAACCUGAAGAUAAUGAUGUUGCGUUGCAAGGUGGAACUGAUGACUCAUAUGAUGAUCAACCUGUAGAUGAUGACGGUGCAGGUGGACGGGACAACCUAUAUUAUGGUGAACCCGGAGAUGAUGACUCUGCUGGCCAAAGUGGAACCAAUGACCCAUAUUGUGGUGACCUUGAAGAUGAUGAUGUUGUUGGGAAAGGUGGCAGUGAUAGCCCAUAUUUUGGCGAACCUGGUGAUGAUGGCGUUGCUGAGUAUGGUGGAAGUCAUGGCCCAUAUGAUAGUGAACCUGAAGAUGAUGAUGCUGCUAGGCAAGGUGAAUACGAUGGUCCAUACUAUGGUGAAUCCGGAGAUAAUGACGCUGCGGGGCAAGAUGGAACCGAUGACACAUUUUAUGGUGAACCUGAAAAUGAUGAUGCUGCUGUGCAAGGUGGAAACGAUGAUCAAUAUUAUGGUGAACUUGAAGAUGAUGACGUUGCUGGCCAAGGUGAAAACGAUAGCCCCUAUUAUGGUGGUGAAACUGGAGAUGAUGACGUUGCUGGCCAAGGUGAUAAUGAAACCCCAUAUUAUGGUGAAGCUGGAGAUGAUGAUGUUGCUGGGCAAGCGGAAAAUGAUAGCCCAUAUUAUGAUGAAGCUAGAGAUGAUGAAGAUUCUGGAGAAGGUGAAGACAAUAAUUGAUAUGCAGAAAGAUAUGAGUAUCGAUUGUUACAUGGCGAGAGGCCCAUUUUUGUGCAGAUCAGUUG